AUGGAGGAGACAGACGACUCCAUAGAAAAAGGGGAUUCAACUCCACUCCUGAGAAUCGAAAAGGUGGCCUCUUUCUCUCUGUGAGGGUGUGCCUUCUUCACGGCUGCAAGCUGUGAAGCUCGAUCUGUCCCUCUCCCUCUCCCUCUCCCUCUCCCUCUCCCUCUCCCUCUCCCUCUCCCUCUCCCUCUCCCUCUCUCUCUCCCUCUCCCUCCCUCUCUCUAUCUCCCUCCCUCCCUCCCUCUCUCUCUCUCUCUCUGGACACGAUGUGGGUUUCUGAAAUCUCAUAUGUUCCAGGGAGUAGAAGGAUCAUCCCAGGAAGAAGACUGGCGUGGCCCCGCCAUUAUCCUGGGUAAGUCCGUCCUUCUGCCGACUCGUUCAUCUCCCUUUUUCCCCAUUCACGCCAGAAAUUUGCAGGCGUUGGGUGCUUGGAGAGCCUCGGCUACUUCGGAAUAUCCACAAACUUGGUGAUCUUUCUCGGCGACGUGCUCCACCAGAGCAAUCCUUCUAUAGCCACGAGCAUCAUGUCCUGGACUGGGACGAGCUUCCUGGCUCCCUUCCUCGGAGCUCUCGUGGCGGAUUCCUACUGCGGAGGCUACUGCAUGAUCUUGGCCUCCUCGAUCGAGCUCAUCGUAUGUUACCACUCUCCCAAAAGUUUUUCGAUUCUCACCGUUCUCAUCUGUUGACUUUCUCUCUCUAAAAUCUGACAGGGAAUGUUUCUCGUCACCCUAUCUUCUAUCCUCCGAUCUUCUGCAACUCCUCAGAGGGUCAUCUUCUUCUCCGGCCUAUACAUGGUUGCCCUGGGGAGUGGGGGGGUCAAGUCCUCGCUUCUUCCUUUGGGGGCCGAUCAGUUCUGCGACGAGGACCAGAGGGGGAGAAAGAAGAAGUCUUCCUUCUUCAACUGGUUCUACUUCUCUCUCAACCUGGGUGCUCUCGUUUCCAGCACCUUCGUAGUCUGGACGGAAGAGAACGUCGGAUGGGCGGUCGGAUUCGGCGGCGCCGCCGUCGCCAUGGCGGCGGCGCUCGGAGCUUUUCUCUCCGGCACGAAGAUUUUCCGGCUGAGGACGACGACGAAGGGCCAACUGGGGAGAAGUUUCAGAGCUGCGGAGCUGAAGUUUCUUCUCCGGCUGCUCCCGUUCUGGCUCACCGGCGUCGUCUUCUCCGCCGCCUACGCACACAUUUACACCACCUUCGUCGAGCAAGGGAAGGCCAUGGACGGGAAGAUCGCCUCCUUCUGCGUGCCCCCGGCGUCCCUCUUCGCCUUCGAGGUGGCGAGCGUCAUGGCGUGGCUGGUCGUCGUCCCCGCGGCGGCGCCGCCGCUGCUUCAGAGGAUGGGGAUUGGAUACUCGCUCAUGGCGGCGGCAGUGGCGACGGCGGCGGCGGUGGAGAUGAAGAGAGUGAAGAGCGGCGGCGCCGCCAUAGCGUGGCAACUGCCGCAGUACUUCCUCGUCGGCGGCGCAGAGGCCUUUGCCUGUGUGGGGCAGCUGGAGUUCUUCUACAGCGAGGCGCCGGUGGGGAUGAGGAGCAUGUCAACGGCGAUAUCCCUUCUCGGAAUCUCUCUGGGGAGCUACCUGAGCUCGGCGGCGAUGGCGACACUGGCUGCCUCGUGGGUGCCGAAGGACCUCAGCGAGGGACACCUGGGUUAUCUCUUUUCCGCGUUGACUGGACUAUGCGUGGCUAACCUUAUUGCUUUCUCCGUAUUUGCGAGGAGGUAUACUCUGAAGAGGGCCGCCGCGGGUCGUCUCUGA